AUAAAAAAAUCCAAGAAGGGAGUCUUCAAAAGUGAGAGUUUGCACACGAAAGAUUGUAGUUUAAGAAAAUCCAUCGGGCAGCUUAGUCGUUAGCUGGGUGUCUGAAAGUGAGACUGAAAACUUGGGCCGUUGAAAGUUAGCUACGAGCCCUUCUAUUUUUGCCAAGUUUAAAUCGAAUACGGUUAAGAAUUUACUCAAAAUGAAGAAGUUUGUGCUUUUGGCUGUACUGAUUGUUGCUGCAAAUGCUCAAAAAUCAUCAUUCAAAUGUCCUGAGAAAGAUGGUCAAUAUGAAGAUCCAAUUCAAUGCGAUAAAUUCUACGAAUGCGUAGAUGGGGUAGCUACAGAGAAACUAUGCCCAGACGGUCUAGUUUUCGACCCUCUCAACCGGAAGAUUAACAAAUGUGAUCAGCCCUUCAACGUUGAUUGCGGAGACCGUAUUGAACUUCAACCACCAAAAAGUAAUACAUUCUGUCCACGGCGGAAUGGUUUCUUCGCUGAUCCUGAUCCUACAAUUUGCAACAUUUUCUACAAUUGCAUUGAGGGUGAAGCCACCAAAACCAAAUGUACUGUAGGACUUCAUUUCGACGAAUACAGUGGUACCUGCGUAUGGCCCGAUUCUGCUGGACGUAAAGGAUGUGUUUCCGAUGACCACAAACUCAAAGACGGUUUCUCAUGUCCAACUGAACCAAAACUAGAUGCAUCUGGUCAAGUUGUCGCCCAUCCAAAAUACCCACAUCCAAGCGAUUGUCAGAAAUUCUACGUUUGCUUGAGUGGCAAGGAUCCACGUGAUUUAGGAUGUCAAGUUGGUGAAGUUUACAACGAAGAGACUGAACGUUGUGACGCUCCUGAAAAUGUGCCUGGAUGUGAAGAUUGGUACAAGGAAGAUAAGAAGAAUUAAGUUACUUCCUAGGGAAAGAUAUCAAACAACUUAGUCGUACAAAUUAAGGAAAACUUCUAUGAAAAAUAGUUACCCCACGUUCCCCGUUUUCUGCCCCUAUAUAUGGAAAAUUCUUGUCAACAUAAUGACUGCGCCUUUAAUUUGAUAAAUGGUGAUGUUGAGAGUAUGUUUUUAUGCUGACGAUUAUGACUGAUAAACUUUACUUUAUAAUGCUAAUUUUUAAUAAUACGUACUAUUUUUGUUGUUAACUAUUUUUUUUUAUAAUUUUCGAGAUGUUUAAUCAUAAUUUUGAUCAAUUGAUUCUGAGUUUCGUGAGGCACGAAUGAGAUGAUAUUUUUUUAUAUUGCAUAUGUACAUAUGUUUUUUUUUAAUUUUAAAUGUAUAAAACAUGUUUAUUUCUAUAACUAUCAUCUUUUCUUUCUACUAUCACUUUCCCUUCUACUUUUCGCUUUUAUAAUAACUUCCACUUUCUUUUCUUGCACCGCAUACUUUAACAAAAUCAACAAUUUAAUUUUUGGUUUUUGAAAUUUCUUUUCUAUAUUUCACAGUUUGUAGUGUGUCGUGUGUAUGACGCUUUUCUUUUCUCGUUGUAUUUGUAUUUUAUCUUUAUAUCCAAAAGCCAUUUGCUUGAAGUUUACUAUUGCUGCCAUUUAAAUUUAUAGUUCCGCUUCAUCGAAGAGCACAAUAAUAGAAAUAAAACUCAAUUAUAAUUUCAAGAAUUAUGGCGCCUAUUGUCUGCCCGAGUUCUGGUCCAGGUUAUGGGUAGUUGUCUUUUUGCUAGUGUUGGACCUGCUCCUUUAUGCUUAUGACUUGCACUUUGCCGAACUGCACUGAACGUUUAUCUUAAAUCCUAGUCCACGUUCUUGAAAGAUCACGAACUGCAUUUUUUCAUGAUACUUUCCACAACUAAUUAUUUUCGAAAGAAUGCUAAACACCGAACUUCAAAAUGACAUACGCAAAGUUCUGCGAUGUGGAAGGAACAAAUCCGUUGCCUGUACGAAGUUUUCUUGCAGACGUUGAAGUUUGAGCUGGUUAGUUUCCUCUUCGUCGUCCUUGGAAUAUUGAUUCCCGUAGAAUUUAAUUUAUAAAAGGCGUAAAACCCCUACCAUGCAGGAAAAUUCCCGUCCUUGGCUCCUCUAUUCAAGGGAAGCGAGCGCGCGGCAGCCAAUCCGCAGCGGAUCAGUUGACAAGCAGAAAGAUGAAAGCAGCACCGCGCGCGUUUGCAAACAAAACGACUGCAGCGGCGGGAAUUUUUUAAAUUCAGCGCUCGGAGUGCCCGCGUUUUUUUCCGCAAGGAAUGAACAUUUUUUCAAGAUUGAAAUCAGUUUCUUAAAAAUAGAGGGACCUCAAUUUUUCAUUUAUUCAUUCUCUUGGAACUAAAGAUAUUUUUGACUAUUCUGCACCUAUCGCCUCUUUCUUUUUUUACCUUCAAAUGUAUCUGGCCUUAAGGAGUUUCUAUUACUGAUUAGGCCCAAUUUACAACUCAGACAAUUUCACUCUUCCUUUACUUUUUGCCUUAAGUGUGGUUGUGGUUUCCAUUUUCCGCCACAAUUUACUCAACAUUCUAAAAGAUACCUUUUUUCGUCCUCAGCCUUCUGGAUCAUGAAUAUUGAGCAACAUCUCGUUAGAUUGUUUCUAAUAGUUAAUACGACUGAAUGUCUUCUUUUUUCCGUACUGCUUUCAUUUCCUCUCAUGCCUAUUCCUUCUUUUUCUCAUUCCUAUUCCUAUUUCUCACUGAAAUUUUUCCAAACCUCUUAAAUUUUCAAUCAAUUCAAAAAUAUAAUUUUGUUUAAAAAAAAAUGUAUAUAUCAAAAUGUUUUUUAUUCCAAAAGCUCCUUCUAUUCUUCUCCUCUUGUCUACUAUCACUUUGAUUCACUCCUCAUUAUUCUACAAAUAAUAUCCCCUUUUCUAUUUUUAAUUAUUCUCAAUUUGUUGGCCCCAAUGGAUGGGUCCCAUUCUCACCUCCUCGCCAUCUUAAAGUCCUUCCCGGUCCAAAUUCCUCCCCAUUCUCAAAUCCUUGCGCGUGUGUGAUGAAUCCAUGUUUUCCGGUCUGUUUGACCACUUGCUCCUUCAACCGUGCUGCAACUUCUUGUACCUGCCCAAAUUUCAAUAUUUCUGGUGGUACUCCUUCUAAAUCUUUUAAGAUUUUCGCAUAACAACGGAAAAGGUACUAUCGGUUAAAAGGUUACUACAGCAAGCAGUUCCUUAGUAGUGCGUUGGUCCUACAUUUUCUUGUUUUUUUGUGCCUACACUACCCUACUCUGUCAAACUCAUUUCACCCUAUUUGCGUUGUUUAACCUGAAUCUAUCACUUUCUUACUUUUAAUCUUGUGUGUCCUUGUGAUGAAAUUGCAUGCAUUUGAUGGAUUUACUUAAUGUCUCCAGAAAUAUUUCCAGCAUAACUCUUCACUCU